AUGGUCCGUCUAAGGGAAAUUCCCCGGACGGCCACCUUCGCUUGGUCUCCCGGUGCCAAAUCGCCCUUGAUCGCGACCGGAACCCGAGCAGGGGCAGUCGAUGUUAAUUUCUCGAAUGAGACGUGCCUCGAGCUCUGGGAUCUGGGGUUGGAUCGCGAGGACGCGGGCACGGAGUUGCAACCCACCGCCAAGGUUUCCACCGACUCAGGGUUCAAUGACCUGGCUUGGGCAGAGUCCGAUGAUAAUACGCGAGGUGUCAUCGCCGGUGGUCUAGAGAACGGCUCCUUGGAUAUCUGGGAUGCCGACAAGCUGCUCAGCGGAGCAAGUGACCCUCUCGUCUCGAGAACCAGCAAGCAUACAGGAGCGAUCAAGGCCCUCCAGUUCAACCCCCGACACUCGAACCUCCUGGCCACCGGAGGAGCGAAAGGAGAGCUUUACAUCAAUGAUAUUAACAACCUCGACAACCCAUUCCGCCUCGGAAAUACUGCAGCCCGCGCUGAUGACAUUGAGUGCUUGGAUUGGAACAAGAAGGUCGCCCAUAUCAUGGUCACUGGAAGCAGCGCAGGCUUCGUGACCGUCUGGGAUGUUAAGACAAAGAAGGAGAGUCUGACGCUGAACAACCUCGGCCGGAAAGCCGUCAGCGCCGUGGCCUGGGACCCGGAGAAGCCAACUAAAUUGAUCACCGCUACUCCUCUGGAGUCAGAUCCCGUCAUUCUUGUCUGGGAUCUCCGUAACUCACAUGCCCCAGAAAGAACUCUGAAAGGACAUGAAUCCGGUGUCCUGUCCCUCUCCUGGUGUACUCACGAUCCGGACUUGCUUCUCUCCUCCGGAAAGGACAACCGCACUCUCUGUUGGAACCCGCAGACGGGCGUGGCCUACGGAGAGUUCCCCGUCGUCACGAACUGGACCUUCCAGACUCGCUGGAACCCUCACAACCCCAACUUCUUCGCUACCGCCUCGUUCGACGGAAGAAUCUCUGUUCAGACGAUCCAGAGCACUAGCAAUGAGGCUGCGCAGUCGCUUGCCAGCCAGAACCAGACUCUUGAUGAUGAGGAUUUCUUCGCCAAGGCCCAGACGCAGCCGCAGAUAUCAACGUUCUCGCUGCCAAAGGCCCCCAAGUGGCUGGAACGUCCGUCUUCUGCUGCCUUCGGUUUCGGCGGAAGGGUUGUCUCUGUGGGACUGACGGAGAAGGGAAAGCGUUCCUCGACAGUCAAGAUCACACCUUUCGAAGUGGAUGAAUCUGUCGGGAAGGCCACCGAAACUUUCGAGACGGCAUUGAAGGAAGGAGACCUGCGGAGCAUCUGCGAAACGAGAAUCUCUGCUGCUCGCUCAGAGGAAGAAAAGGCCGACUGGAAGGUUAUCGAGACUUUGCUCUCCGAGAACCCUAGAAAGGGUCUCUUGGAGUACCUUGGAUUCUCGAAUGAGACUGAUGAAGCCGCUGACGGCAUCGCCAAGCUCGGAUUAGGAAAGGAGGAAACUAACGGAGUGACUGAGGACAAGGAGUCCCGCGGGCCGGGAGCCAAGAAGCAUAAACGAAUCACGUCUAUAUUCGAGACAAGCACGGAGGGAGAGGAGUUCCUGACAGAUCUGGCAGCAUCGAAGGGUGCCAGAACUAACAACCCCUUCAGCAUCUACACUGGUUCUGAGUCUGAAGCUGACAGGCGGAUCACGCGGGCUCUUCUGCUCGGCGAGUUCGAGAAGGCCCUCGACGUCGCUCUCGAAGAGGACCGGAUGUCUGACGCUUUCAUGAUUGCUAUCUGCGGGGGCCAGAAGUGCAUCGAGAAGGCCCAGGAAGUUUACUUCUCCAAGCAGGCCGGCGGUCCCAACUACCUGCGCCUUCUCGCUUCCAUCGUGGGCAAGAACCUGUGGGAUGUCGUGCAUAACGCCGAUCUUUCCAACUGGAAGGAGGUUAUGGCAGCUCUCUGCUCUUUCGCGGAUGAGAAGGAGUUCUCGGAUCUCUGCGAGGCGCUUGGUGACCGGAUCGAGGAGCAAAUCAGAGCCACAGGUGACAAGGCUUCCCGUAAAGACGCAUCCUUCUGCUACAUGGUUGGAUCGAAGCUGGAGAAGGUGGUCGCAAUCUGGAUCGACGAGCUCCGGGAGAACGAAAAAGAAGGUCUAGACGCCGGCACCGAUGACUCCAGCUUUUCUGUCCAUGUCCGUGCUCUGCAGGGCCUGAUCGAGAAGGUGACCCUGUUCCGCCAGGUCACCAAGUUUGAAGACACGGAACGCCAAAAGGAGUCUGACUGGAGACUGGGCCUGCUCUACGACAAGUAUGUGGAGUAUGCUGAUGUUGCAGCAACUCAUGGUCGCCUGGAGAUCGCGGAGAAGUACCUCAGUCUCGUUCCUGAGAAGCAUUCUGAGGCCGAAGUCGCGAGGAACCGGAUCAAGUUGGCGACCAGACCGGCUGCUGCGAAGGCAGCCCAGGCUACCGGCCCUGCGGCGCGAGUCGCUUCCAAGCCUUUGGCACAGCCGAACCUAUACCAACCUCCUCAGCCUACGUUCUCUCCCGCAGGCACUCCAGCUCCGGCAGUAAACCCUUACGCGCCUCCUACUCCGGCUGCGGCUGCCCCUGUCCCUGCUGCUCAGCCAACUAAUCCUUAUGCUUCCAUCGCCGCUGGAGGCUACACGCCUACUGGCUAUCAGCCUGCUGGUUACCAACCUCAGCAGCAGAUGAGGUCGGCUGCAGUCCCCCCGCCUCCUCAGUCUUUUGGCCAUUCGUAUAGCUCUUCUAUUCCUCCUCCCCCUCGUGCCUCCAGCCAGUCCCCAGCUACCACUGUUACUACGUACACCACGGCCACGAACCUCCCUGCAUGGAACGACCUGCCAGAGGGCUUCGCUCGGCCUACUGCGCCGCGAAGGUCAACCCCAGCUGGUACCACUGCGAUAAGCUCCCCCUUCCCCAACCAGUCUCCCACGGGCUUCCAAGGGCCUCCACCCCCUGGUCCUCCGGUUGCUGCACGAAGGGGUACUCCUCCUGUUGGGCCACCGCCAAAGGGUCCUGCUCCUCCGCCUCGUGUCACAUCGCCGCCCUCAAGACCUACUUCAGCAACGGCCAUGAACCCGUAUGCUGCCAUCCCCCAGUCGCCGCCCGUCGCUACGGGCAUGGUCCCCCCGCCUGUUCAGCGGGGUCCUUCCCCGUAUAAUGCACCUCCCGCUGGCCCGCCACCAUCGAAUAGAUACGCCCCGAGCCCUGCGUCGCAGCCCUCAACACCCCAGCUCCAGGCUCGAGGCCCUGUACCGCCUCCUCCCCAGGCUAGUGGACCAUACGCACCACAGCAGUUCCAGCAGCCGCCGCCUCCAAACCCAUAUGCCUCGAACCCGCCUCCUCCCGCUCAGCAAGCUCCGCCGCAGGCACCACCUUCCCAACCUUCGAGGCCGGGCACUGCGCAAUCGCAGCGGGAGCCGCCUGCUCCUCCAAAAUACCCGCCUGGAGACCGCUCCCACAUUCCCGCAAAUGCUUUGCCAAUCUACGAGAUCCUGUCCGGCGAGAUGCAGCGAGUCAAGUCUCGUGCCCCCUCCUCGUUCAAGGCACAGGUGGAAGAUGCGGAACGGCGGCUGAACAUUCUGUUCGACCACUUGAACAAUGAGGAUCUGCUCAAGCCCAACACGGUGGCAGACAUGGCCGAACUGUCGCGUGCCAUCCAAGCACGUGACUACGAGACUGCCCGGGCCAUCCACGUGGAUAUUCUGACGAACCGGACAGACGAAUGUGGCAACUGGAUGGUUGGUGUUAAGCGACUGAUCAGCAUGAGCCGCGCAACACCUUGA